GUAAUCUAACUCCUAUCGAACAAUACCCUUUAUCAAUACCAAUCGUACCAAAUCAAUAUACCAUGGAAGAUCAAAUUAUUGAUAAUACUUCUCAUGAUACUACCAUAUAUGAGGGAAAAGAAGAUUAUUAUUAUGAUGAUGAUUACGAUACUAGCGACGCAAGUUAUCGUGAUUUUAAUAAAUUUAUAUCCGAAUUUUAUCAAGUUGAAGCCCAAGACCCUAUCCCUGAAAAAAUUGGUUCCAUUAUUGAAUCAUGGUUUUCAGAAAAGUUGACAUAUAAUGGAGAAAUUGGAGAAUCUAUUCCUAUUUUACAAGAAUCUCCUCGAAUAUUAGCCGAGGGUAUAAUGAUUAAAUUAAGAAAAUGUGAUGAAAUCAUAAUGGAACCUCAUUACAAAAAUUUCUACGAACAGGUUCUUGUAACAGUUGAACAUGCGACAUAUAAAGAAGAAAAUUGUGAUGUUCCACGUUGUUAUGGUAACGAAUCAGAUAAUCAACGACAAAAUUUUCGAUCGUUUAAUACCCGGAUGAUCACCACUUCUUCUGCAGACGGUCAAAUGUUUUGCUUGUUAGAAAAGUGUGGUAAAUAG